AUGUAUACAAUAACACUGUUGAACAUUAGCCUAACAGUCACACUUCUUCCAUUCUCCCCUUCCACCUCGAAUUUCGCUUCCGCAAGCUCAAGUCUUUUCCGGCCACCACCCACCACGCUGCUGUCAGAAAAUCAACAGGGGUGUGUCUCUUUACCUUCCGAUUCUUCGUAUAGGAGAAAUGGGUUAAAGUCAAAAUCUAAAUUUGACUCUGUUUCAUCUAGUUCUGGUUCUUCCAAUGGGUCUGAAGAGAGUUCAUUGUCUUCAAUGUUCAAACCAGCGAAAAAGGGUAACAAUAAUAAUAACAAGAACAAAGUGAAAGUGAAGAAUUCUGGUUCGGCGUCUUCACCUUCUCCUUCGCCACCUCGAAGAGCGGGGUGUUUCUGGUGCUCUCCGAAGAAGGAUUCGAAGAAGAAGAGCAAGGAGGUUGAUUGGAGUGUUCUUGGUUGGGACAAGGAUGAUGAGUUGCUUUCGGAUUUGGGAAGCUUCUCGAGCAAGAAACAGCUGAAGAUUCUUAAGAAGGCAUUGAAGGAGGAACAGAAGAUUAGCCACAUCAUCAUCACGAUGUUGCUCUCUGUGUUUUGA